GAGAUGUUAUCUCCUGUGGUCCGAGAAGCAGAGGUGACCCGAACAGCCCGUAAACAGCGUGCUCAAAAAAAAGUUUUAACAUGGGCAUCUCAAGAUGAAAGUUGUGUUUAUACCACACCAAGAAACCAGGUUCUUCCUCGAAGUCCCAUCUCGUUUCAGCAGCCUUUUACUCCACCAAAUCGAAGCUUACUAAGGCAGCCAGAUAUUUCCUGUAUUCUUGGAGCAGAAGGAAGGUCACCCAGGCUUACACAGUCUUCAGGGUUCUUGGGGAAUCUGUCUAUGAUAACUAGCCUGGAUGACAGUAAUUGGACAACUGCAUUCUCAUCCCAGCGUUCAGGGCUUUUCACAGAGCCCAACACUGUGACAGAGGACAUGACGCUCAGUGCUGUGAUGCUCCAUGAGGAUGAUCCUGGAGAAGCUGCAUCCAUGAGUAUGUUCUCUGAUUUCCUGCAGUCUUUUUUGAAGCACUCUUCAACUACAGUUUUUGAUCUUGUAGAAGAAUAUGAAAACAUUUGUAGCAGUCAGGUGAAUAUACUGAACAAAAUAGUGAGCCGAGCAACACCUGGACUCCAAAAGUUUUCAAAAACAGCCAGCAUGCUCUGGCUUCUUCAGCAAGAGAUGGUCACAUGGAGGCUGCUGGCAUCUUUAUAUAGAGCAUUCCCCUCUAGUGGGAUUGUUUACCUUGUGGACCUGUCUAAUUUGUCUGCAUUGGAAGAUGAAAAUAUGUUUGCUGUUACUCCUCUUAAUGCCAGUGAAAAGACAGUUGUGGAAGCAUUGUUUCAGAGAGAUUCACUUGUCCGACAAAGUCAGCUGGUGGUUGAUUGGUUAGAAAGCAUUGCCAAAGAUGAGAUUGGAGAUUUUUCCGAUAAUAUCGAGUUUUAUGCUAAAUCAGUGUAUUGGGAAAAUACUCUGCAUGCCUUAAAACAACGGAAGCUAACUCCUUACAUUGGAACUACACGUCCGCUUGUCACUGAAUUGGAUCCUGAUGCUCCUAUAAGACAGAAAAUGCCUCUUGAUGAUCUGGAUAGAGAAGAUGAAGCCAGAUUGCUCAAAUAUAUUUUCACUCUGAUUCGUGCUGGAAUGAUAGAUGAGGCACAGCGGCUCUGUAAGCGUUGUGGUCAGGCAUGGCGAGCUGCAUCACUUGAAGGCUGGAAGCUGUACCAUGACCCUAACAUUAAUGGAGGAAUGGAAUUAGAGCCUGUUGAAGGGAAUCCAUAUAGAUGUAUUUGGAAAAUAAGUUGUUGGAGAAUGGCAGAAGAUGAGCUUUUUAGUAAAUACGAAAGAGCAAUUUAUGCAGCUUUAAGUGGAAAUCUUAAACAGCUUCUUCCUGUCUGUAACACCUGGGAAGACACCGUGUGGGCCUACUUCCGAGUGAUGGUGGACAGUCUCGUAGAACAAGAGAUCCGCACCUCAGUAAUUUCUCUGGAUGAAACUGAAGAGCUCCCUAGAGAAUAUUUGGAAACAAAUUGGACCUUAGAAAAGGUUUUUGACGAACUUCAAGCUACUGAUAAGAAGAGAGUUCUGGAGGAGAAUCAGGAACAUUAUCAUAUAGUUCAGAAAUUUCUUAUCCUGGGAGACAUUGAUGGUUUGAUGGAUGAAUUUAACAAAUGGCUUUCCAAAAGCAGAAACCGUCUACCUGGACACCUUCUCCGCUUCAUGACACAUCUCAUUUUGUUUUUCCGAACUCUGGGACUGCAAACCAAAGAAGAAGUUUCUGUUGAAGUUUUAAAGACAUAUAUACAGCUUUUAAUUAGUGAAAAACAUACAAACCUCAUAGCAUUUUAUACCUGUCAUUUGCCUCAAGACCUAGCUGUUGCCCAGUAUGCAUUAUUUUUGGAAGGUGUUACAGAAUUUGAACAGCGCCACCAUUGCCUGGAACUUGCUAAAGAAGCAGAUUUGGAUGUUGCAACAAUAACAAAAACUGUAGUUGAGAAUAUUCGGAAAAAAGAUAAUGGUGAAUUCAGUCAUCAUGACCAAGCACCAGCCCUAGGUACUGGCACUACUGAGGAGGAUCGUUUAAAGAUUGAUGUCAUUGACUGGUUGGUAUUCGACCCAGCACAGAGGGCAGAAGCACUAAAACAAGGCAAUGCAAUAAUGAGAAAAUUCUUAGCAUCAAAGAAGCAUGAGGCUGCAAAAGAAGUGUUCAUGAAAAUUCCUCAGGAUUCUAUAGCAGAAAUCUAUAAUCAGUGGGAGGAACAAGGAAUGGAAAGUCCACUUCCUGCUGAAGAUGAUAAUGCUAUCAGAGAACACUUGUGCAUUCGAGCUUAUUUGGAAGCCCAUGAAACCUUUAAUGAAUGGUUUAAGCAUAUGAGUUCAGCUCCACAAAAACCUACUUUGACACCUCAAGCAACUUUUACUGAGACAGUGGCUUAUGAACACAAAGAAAAAAAAUAUGAACUGGAUUAUGGUAUUUGGAAAGGGCAUUUGGAUGCACUAACUGCUGAUGUAAAAGAAAAAAUGUAUAAUGUCUUAUUGUUUGUUGAUGGAGGAUGGAUGGUGGAUGUUAGAGAGGAUGCUGAAGAAGACCAUGAAAGGGCACAUCAGAUGAUUUUAUUGAGAAAACUUUGCCUGCCAAUGUUGUGUUUUCUUCUUCAUACCAUAUUACAUAGUACUGGUCAGUAUCAGGAAUGUCUGCAGUUAGCAGAUAUGGUGUCUUCUGAGCGCCACAAAUUGUAUCUGGUAUUUUCUAAGGAAGAACUACGGAAAUUGCUACAGAAAUUAAGAGAGUCCUCUCUAAUGCUUCUAGACCAGGGACUUGACCCAUUAGGAUAUGAAAUUCAGUCAUAA